UCAUUAUUGCUUUUUAUUUGUUUCUUUUUUUUUUGUAUUAUUUUUCAAGUGAGUGCGCGCGUUCACGUGUGUUUGUGUGUGUGUGUGUGUGAGACAUGAAAUGCAACAAAUUAGCGGGCAUUCAUAGUGAGAACAACAAAAGCAGGUGUCCGUUGCCUACAGAAAGAAAGAGACUGGGAGAGAGAGAGCGCAGACUUUUUCUCAACGUAUUUCGCAACACAAAAGUUGGGUUUAACAAUUUCAACCACAAGGAGAACAACAACAACAACAACACCAAAUUAAAUACGCUUAUAGAAAACUAAAUCUUAAAGUCUAACACCAACAUAGAAAUCAAAAACCAAAAACCGAAAACUAAGCUAAAACCUAAACUUAAACUAAAAACUAAAUUAAAUCAAAACCCAAAAACCAAAAAAAAAAAAAUAAAAAAAAAGAAAAGCAGUAAAUGAAAAAGAAAAAUGCUUUUAGUGAAACUUUCAGUAAGAACACGAUGUGAUCAGCGAUAACGGUAAAUGUGUAAAUAUACUAUCGGUAAUACUAUCGAUUCGUGUGCGUGCGUGAGUUGACCCAGAAAAUGUGUCUGUGUUGCCAAAUUGAAGCGCAUUCAAGCCAAUUAACGAGCCAAACAAAUCAACAACAAGGAAAAGAACAAAAACAACAAGAGUCAACAGAGCAAUAAACAUCGAUCGGUAUCGAUAUCGAAUCGAAUCGAUAACUUUAAACUGCAAAACGAUAACACCAAUUUAUCUCUCUGCAAAUAAAGCAAAACACAACAAAAAGCAAAACACCAAAUUACGAAUUACGUAUUACAUAUUACUAUAUAGUAGGAAAUAGCGUCUAGUCUACAUAAAUAUAUAUGUUAUGCUAUAGCGAAUGCGAUAGUUACACCAACACGAACACAAACACCGACACACACACAUAAACAUAGACAUAGACAUAGACAUAGACAUUAACAUAGAUAUAUAGCGAUAGCGAUUGCGAUUGCGAUUGCAAACAUUGUAAAUAAUGACCAAGAAGUACGAAUUCGAUUGGAUCAUUCCGGUUCCGCCGGAAUUGACCACGGGCGCCACCUUCGAUCGCUGGUUCGAGAACGAAAAGGAAACCAAAGAGAAUGACUUUGAGCGCGACGCCCUCUUCAAGGUCGACGAGUAUGGAUUCUUUCUCUACUGGAAGAGCGAGGGACGGGAUGGCGAUGUCAUCGAACUGUGUCAAGUGAGCGAUAUUCGAGCAGGAGGCACUCCAAGGGAUCCCAAGAUCCUCGAUAAGGUAACCAAAAAGAAUGGCACGAACAUCCCCGAACUGGAUAAACGCUCUCUAACCAUCUGCUCGAACACGGACUAUAUCAAUAUAACAUAUCAUCAUGUUAUUUGCCCAGAUGCAGCAACCGCCAAGAGCUGGCAAAAGAUGUUGCGCCAAAUAACGCAUAACAAUCGAGCCACCAAUGUGUGUCCACGCACCAAUCUUAUGAAACAUUGGAUGCGUCUCAGUUAUUGCGUGGAGAAGAGCGGUAAAAUUCCAGUCAAGACAUUGGCCAAAACAUUCGCAUCGGGCAAAACCGAGAAGCUGGUCUACACGUGCAUCAAGGAUGCGGGUCUGCCCGAUGACAAGAAUGCCACCAUGACCAAGGAACAGUUUACGUUCGACAAGUUCUAUGCGCUCUACCACAAGGUUUGUCCGCGCAACGACAUCGAGGAGCUCUUCACAUCGAUCACCAAGGGCAAGCAAGACUUCAUCAGUCUGGAACAGUUUGUGCAAUUCAUGAACGACAAACAACGUGAUCCGCGCAUGAACGAAAUUCUUUAUCCUCUGUACGAGGAGAAACGUUGCACGGAGAUCAUCAACGAUUACGAGCUGGAUGAGGAGAAGAAAAAGAGCGUGCAACUUUCGCUGGACGGCUUCAAGCGCUAUCUGAUGUCGGAUGAGAAUGCGCCGGUGUUUUUGGAUCGUCUCGACUUCUACAUGGAAAUGGAUCAACCGUUGGCGCAUUAUUACAUCAACAGCUCGCAUAAUACGUAUUUGUCGGGUCGCCAGAUCGGUGGCAAGAGCUCCGUUGAAAUGUAUCGCCAAACGCUGCUCGCUGGCUGUCGUUGCGUCGAAUUGGAUUGCUGGAAUGGCAAAGGCGAGGAUGAGGAGCCCAUUGUUACCCACGGUCACGCCUACUGCACGGAAAUCUUGUUCAAAGAUUGCAUUCAGGCGAUUGCGGAUUGCGCGUUUGUCUCCUCCGAGUAUCCGGUGAUUCUCUCCUUUGAGAAUCAUUGCAAUCGCGCCCAGCAAUACAAGCUAGCUAAAUACUGUGAUGACUUCUUUGGGGAUCUGCUGCUGAAGGAACCGCUCUCCGAUCAUCCGUUGGAUCCCGGUUUGCCGUUGCCACCGCCGUGCAAGCUAAAGCGCAAGAUUCUCAUCAAGAACAAGCGGAUGAAGCCCGAAGUGGAGAAGGUCGAACUGGAGCUGUGGCUGAAGGGCGAACUGAAGACCGACGAUGAUCCCGAGGAGGAUGCGAGUGCUGGCAAACCGCCAGAGGCAGCCGCCGCCCCCGCCCCCGCUCCAGAAGCUGCUGCCGCCGAUGGCGCCGCUGCCGAGGGAGGCGGAACCGAGGCAGAGGCAGCUGCGGCCAACUACAGUGGCUCCACCACAAAUGUGCAUCCCUGGCUCUCCUCCAUGGUCAAUUAUGCGCAGCCCAUCAAGUUCCAGGGCUUCGACAAGGCAAUCGAGAAAAACAUUGCCCACAACAUGUCGUCGUUUGCGGAGUCGGCGGGCAUGAAUUACCUGAAGCAGAGCUCCAUUGACUUUGUCAAUUACAACAAGCGCCAGAUGUCGCGCAUCUAUCCGAAGGGAACGCGCGCUGAUUCCUCCAACUAUAUGCCGCAAGUAUUCUGGAAUGCCGGCUGCCAGAUGGUCUCGCUCAAUUUCCAGACAUCCGAUUUGCCAAUGCAACUGAAUCAGGGUAAAUUCGAGUACAACGGCGGUUGCGGUUAUCUGCUCAAGCCGGACUUUAUGCGACGUGCCGACAAGGACUUUGAUCCGUUUGCCGAUGCUCCUGUGGAUGGUGUGAUUGCCGCUCAGUGUUCGGUCAAGGUGAUUGCCGGACAAUUCUUGUCGGACAAGAAGGUCGGCACGUAUGUGGAGGUGGAUAUGUUUGGUCUGCCAUCCGAUACGGUGAAGAAGGAAUUCCGCACCCGAUUGGUGCCCAACAACGGUCUCAAUCCCGUCUACAACGAGGAUGCGUUCGUCUUUCGCAAAGUCGUCCUCCCCGAUCUCGCCGUGCUGCGCUUUGGCGUCUAUGAGGAGAGCGGCAAGAUGAUCGGACAACGCAUCUUGCCCCUCGAUGGCUUGCAGGCUGGCUAUCGCCAUGUCUCGCUGCGAACGGAGGCGAACUUCCCGAUGUCGUUGCCCAUGUUGUUUGUGAACAUCGAAUUGAAAAUCUAUGUACCUGAUGGCUUUGAGGACUUCAUGGCCAUGCUGUCGGAUCCCCGAGGCUUUGCUGGCGCCGCCAAGCAGCAGAACGAACAGAUGAAGGCCCUGGGCAUUGAGGAGCAGAGCGGCGGCGCCGCUCGGGAUGCCGGCAAGGCCAAGGAGGAGGAGAAGAAGGAGCCGCCGCUGGUCUUUGAGCCGGUCACCCUCGAGUCGUUGCGACAGGAGAAGGGCUUUCAGAAGGUGGGCAAGAAGCAGAUCAAGGAGCUGGACACGCUGCGCAAGAAGCACGCCAAGGAGCGCACCUCGGUGCAGAAGACACAGAAUGCGGCCAUCGAUAAGCUGAUCAAGGGCAAGAGCAAAGAUGACAUUCGAAACGAUGCGAACAUCAAGAAUGCGAUCAACGAUCAGACCAAGCAGUGGACCGACAUGAUUGCCCGCCAUCGCAAGGAGGAAUGGGAUAUGCUCCGACAGCAUGUGCAGGACUCGCAGGAUGCCAUGAAGGCGCUCAUGUUGACCGUGCAGGCGGCGCAGAUCAAGCAGCUCGAGGAUCGCCAUGCCAGGGACAUCAAGGAUCUGAAUGCGAAGCAGGCCAAGACCUCGGCCGAUACCGCCAAGGAGGUGCAGAACGACAAGACGCUCAAGACGAAGAACGAGAAGGAUCGACGUCUGCGCGAGAAGCGACAAAACAAUGUCAAGCGAUUCAUGGAGGAGAAAAAGCAAAUCGGCGUUAAACAGGGACGCGCCAUGGAGAAAUUGAAAUUGGCGCAUGCGAAGCAGGUCGAGGAGUUUAGUACCGAUGUGCAAAAGCUUAUGGAUAUGUACAAAAUCGAGGAGGAAGCCUAUAAGACCCAAGGAAAAACGGAAUUCUAUGCUUAAAGUGUGAAAGUGUGAGAGCAACACACGAUCAUCAUCGUCAUCAUCAUCAUCGACAUCGACAUCAACAUCAACAUCACCAGCACCCCGCCAUCAUUGAGAAUUAACAACCAGAGAAUUCCAAUGUUAAUCCCCCCAGCAAAAUUAAUAUUGAUCUUUUUUUAGUUGUAUAAGUAUCUACCUAAGUGUGUAUGUAGGAGUAUACCCUGUAAAUUGUAUACUAUUACUACAAAUUCAAAAUGGAAUGAAAGUCAACACUUUGUGCUUUAUAUUUAUUUAAGAUGUUUAACACUCACACACCAAAUAAUUGUUGAAAUGCCCAUCUCCAAUUUAAUGAAAUAUACAAACAGAAAAAAACAAAAAAAGAAGAAAGAAUGGAUAAAAAGAAUACAUAUAUACAUAUACUACAAAUCCUAAAAAAUACCAAAUGAAGUGUUGGUAUUUUUGUGCAUGAACAACAACAAAAAUACACCGAUAAACUUAACCAACCCCUUUGACCUCCUCAAUUGUCCCAAAGUUUCCUAAGAUAUAAAAAGCGCAUAGCGCUAGGACAUUUUUUUUUUCCGUUCGUUCGUUCGUUCGUUCGACAGCGAGAAGUAGAAAAUACCAACCACAGUAUAUACUAAAUGUACGUACAUAUGUUUCAAAUUAAAAGCAAAAAAAUACUAAACAUAUGUGUUUCCGAUUUUCCACCUAAACAGCUUAGCAAAUAAAUAAAAUACCUAUGUAUGUAUUGUGUAUGAUAACCGUAAUAACAAAAACUGACUCUCCCCAAACACUAAAAUACAAAAUAUUUAAAAAAAAGGAACUUAUAUAUAAAUAUAAAUUUGUGUAAGCAAGAAAGUAUUUCAACUAAAGGCAAACUUACACUGCUGGGCUGGCAGUGUAAUGUUUGUUAACUUUCAACAAACAAGCAAACAAGAAAUACCAAAUAAAAUACUAAAGCAUUUAUUUUGAAUAAAUGCAGACAAAAUAAUAAUUCAAACAAUGCUUAAAUACCAUAAGAAAUUUUGAAUGUACAUCCCGAACUACAAAACAACAACAAAAAAUACCGAUCAAAAGUUAAUUUCUGCUAUGAAAAGAAUACAAAAAACAACAAAAAAAAAUGGAAUAAGUGUAAGCGUUUAUAAAUGUAAUAAAAUAACUCUCUUUUAGUGCGAGAAAUUCAAAAUGAAACACCCCUACCGGCUAUAGUUAUAUAUACGAAUAUAACCCAUAUAUACUAUUUGAUAGCAGUACCGUCAAUGGAGAUAAUACUUACCAAAAAUACCAAAAAAAAAAACAAACAAAAAACUUGUUAAACUUUAUAUCAAACGCCAAGCAAAAGCGUUCAAUUUUUUGAUGAAAAGAAAAAAACAAAAACCAAGAAAAAAGAAAAAAAUCUUCGUUUAACAGCAAAAUACUUUCGCAAAUUUUAUAAAAGUAGCCAAAAGAAAAAAGAAGAAGAAAAAAUACCGAAACGUCUUAAAAAUACCAACUUUGCUUUCGGGUUGAGUUUUGUUUUUAGGUUGCACUCAACAAUUGUUAUUUCUGUUCGCAUGUAUUGUAGUUGUUGCAAACAAAAGAACAAAUCUUAAAUAAAAGAAAAUAUACUACGAUAAGAAAAGAAAGAAGGAAAAAAUACUGUACUGUAAAAAUGAUUAGAUUAGAGAAAUCCAAAAACGUUUAAUUUCACUUGAAUGUGCCCUAAGACGAACGAAGAGGAAAAAAGAUUAACAAAAAAUGGUAAAAAAAAAAACAAACAUUUACACUGUGCUAUUAACGAAAAGAAAAACAUUUAGUUAACUCGUACCAGGUAAUGCUACUAAAUUACGAUUAUAUUUAAAAGAAAAAUCUAAAAAACAAAAAAACAAAAACAAAAAAAAAGCAACUGCAUUGAACUGUAUUGUAUUGUAAUAAUUAAUCAAAUCGAUUAUCCCCUAUUGACCAUGUAUUUAGAACAAUUGCGAACGUUUUAUAAAUGUGAUAAACUCGUAAACAUUUUAUUGCAAACUAAAAUCAAAUUCAACUUAAUGUUGCUUUAAGUUUUUCAUUUUUUUUUUUUUUUUUUUGGAUAAAUAAUUAUGUUUUUUUUUUUAGGAAAUCUAUAUCAUCUGGUAUAUUUAAAAGAGAGAGAGUACGAUAUGAUAUAAGUACGGAGAGUAGUAGGAUCAUAAAAUACACUAAGUCUAAAAGAAAAGAAAGUUUUGUCUGAAGAAAAAAAUGAAUUGCAUGCCUCCUUAAAUGUGGCCUAUGUUGCUGUUGUUGCUGCCCCCAUAUCCCCUUAAAAAAAAAAAAAACAAAAAAAAAAGAAAACUACGAAAUUCCCCCUCGAGAACUUUGUUGAAAAUUUAGACGUAUUCUUUAUAUAUCAAAGUAUGUCAUUUUGUGCACUUAAAAGAAAGAAAGAAAGAAAGCAAGCAAACGAUAACUUUUGUAUUAUAUGUAAUAUAACGUGCCAAUCCCAAAUGUUUACCAAAAAAAAAAAAAACGAAAACUUAAACUAAAUUAAAAUUGAGAAAAACUUCUUAAAAAUACAUACAUAUGUACAUAUUUAUGUAUACAUUAGAGUCGAGGCAUAGCCUCUUAGUCGAAAAAGCCCUCAAUGAAGGCACACACACAUACAAACAUAUACUAUGAACGUAUUUCCCCCCCCCUCCCGCCUGGGCAUUUGUGUCCGUGAGCCGUGUCUGUGUGAAAGCUCACGAAAGCUCCCACUCGCAUAGAGCUUUUGGGGGCCAUCAUCAUAAUUCUGCCUACGUCGUAAAAUGUGUCAAUUUCUUUUAAUUUUCAAAUGCAUUUGAUUUGAAUAGUUUACGUUUUAUUUUCAAUAUCGAAUAUUCGAUACCUAGGGAGAAAUUGUUAUGAAUAUAUAUAUAUAUAUUGUAUAUCCCAAGCUAGGGGCCACAUUUGAUAUAGUUUGUACUUCGGUGAAGCAAAAUUGAAAUUGAAGAAUAAAGAAAACCAGAUGUGACAGAUGUGAAUACGUUUGUUUCGUUUUUUUUUUUUUAAUAUAUAUAAAUUGAAAAAAAGAAAUAUAUAUAUAUAUAUAGACAUAUUUAGAUAUUCAUACCUGUACGAUUAGAGAUCGGGGAUUUCGAGAACCCGAGCAUGCAAAAAACAUAUUUAUGUAUUGUGCACGAGCAAAUUAACAGCAAGCAAACUGUAUAAAUAUUAUUAUUAACGACUACAUAAUUACAAUUAUAGUUUAAUGAGUAAAUCGAGAGAAGAAGUGGAAAGUGGAAAGUUGAGCAAGAGUAUGAAAUGAAAGUAACUAAAAUAUUAACUUCUAUUAAACAAUGCUGCGUAUGAACUUAUGAUUGUAUACAUACUAUAUAUAACUAUGUAUUACCACUAUGAUUAUCAUUAUUAUUAUCAUUAUCAUUAUCAUUAUCGUUAUCAGUAAUAUUAAUAUUAUAUAUUGUUAUUAAUAUUCGUAUGCUUAUUAUAUAAUUUCCCAAUUGAUUUCUCCUCCUCACCCCCACACACACAUCAGAUUGCUCAACCAACAAAAAGCUCUCAAAAUAUGAUGUGUGAAAACUUUUUUGAUCUGCAAAACUUAUAACUUAUUAUCUAUCCAUUCACAAUACAUGUAAUAUUUAUAUUAUUAUUUACAAGAAGAAUACAAAAAAAAAUAUAAUGAAAAUAAACGUUCCUAUUGCUCACACACACACACACACACAUAUAUAUAUACAAGUAUAUAAUCUCGUAACUCCCUCAAUGAAUGCAAUUAUUACAAGUUUUUCCAAUGAUUUAAUGCCCAUAAACGAAAUAUAUAUAAUCUAUAAAAAAAAACUGUAAUCGGCAUGUGAUUAGUUUUUUUUUUCCUUUGUUCGAUGUAAGACGCGUUUAACUCUAUAUUAUGAUUAAUUUAAUUUUAAUAAAUAUAUAUUUUGUCAACAAAAGCAAUUCCCAAAAUUAUAGAAAAUGCAGUCAGCUUUGUUAAAACGAAAGAAUUUGUUUAAUUACAUUUUCGUUUACAUUUGAUUUUUGAAACGCAAGAGAGCAUUACCGUUAAGCCGAAAUGUAACUAAAAAAACAACAACAAAAAAAAAACA